CGCCAACUGCUUCCUUGUAUUUAAAAGCCUGAAAAACUUGAUUUGCUUCUCGCUCUGAGGUGUUUGAAUAUCCUCUGUGUGUUUACAGACAUGCUGCCUCUACUUGCAUUAUGUUUGCACAUCUCUGUUGAUCUUUGAGUCAUCUGACUACUUAACAUAACAGCAAAAUAUAACAGCUGACAAGAGGAUGUUACUGUCUAGUUCAACCCAAGACAAGAGAAAUGCCUAUUUUCUCCUCUGAAGACCUGCCAAAGAAGUUUGAGAUAUUGUAACUUCUGGAUAUUUCUGGUGACUUAGCUUUUUUAUUUCUUUGGUUUUAGUUCAGUUUUUUGAAUGGCGGGUCAGGGCAGGCAGAUCGGGGGCUUGACACUGGUUCUGAUGGGGGUUUUGUUAGUGUGUGUGACAUGUGGGCUGCCAAUGUGGCGCGAGACAUCUUUUGUCGGAGCAAAUAUUGUGACUGCACAAUCGGUGUGGGAUGGUUUGUGGCUGCACUGCGUCCUUCAGGCCACCGGUCAGAUGCAGUGCAAGAGACACACAACAUCCAAGACUUUGACCUCCGACUUCCAGGCCGGACGUGCCCUCACGUUGAUUUCAAUCCUGGCCGGCCUGCUGGGCUUCAUCAUCACCCUCGGAGGAGGAGGCGUGGUCAACUGCAGCGACGCUCCGCCUGACCCGUUAGAGCCUCCGACCACCUCCAGAAAGAAGGCGUCCCUGCUGGGUGGAGCUCUGUCUGUCCUCGCUGGCGUCCUGUGCCUGGUUUCAGUCAGCUGGUCCGCAGCAGCAACCGUCCUCGUCUACAACGACCCGCUGGUGAUCGCGGCCCUGAAGAGAGAAGUGGGAUCAUCAAUCUACAUCGGCUGGGCCGCCUCCCUGCUGCUCCUGCUGGGCGGUGCUCUGAUCUGCUUCAUCUGCGGGGAGAAGGAGAGAACCCCACCUCCUUACUACUCCUACAUGCCGUACGGCACAAACAUUCAGUUCAGCGACGCUUCGUCCCGCAUGGCCAGUCUGAGAACUGAUGCCAUGAGAUCAAACAACUCCAGGAUGUUUGAUCGUCAAUCACCAAGGAAGACGGUCGAGCACGUCGCCCAAGUGCAUGAUUACACCUCCCCGAGUAAAACCCAGAGUUGGAGUGGGAUGUAUAAUCAGCCUCAGGGGACGCCACCGGGAGAAUUUGGACAGUAAUCCGUCAAACACGUCAGGGACACCAGACAAACGAAGAGCUUAUUCACAAAUGUGGUGCAUGAUGUUCCCAGCAGAGCUACAGCAGAGCAGAGUGAUGAUGAUUAUAUCAGGCAGUAAAUCUGGAUGGGUGGGUCUGCAUGGAUAACUGAACACAAAAAUCUCUCUGAUGUCAACUGUGGUCUCUGUUUAUAUGUCAGUAAUACUUUCCUUGGACAGAUUGAUAAAGAGAUGCCGACG